UAUAGGUCACCCGGAAGGCGCGCGCAGCCCGCGGCCGCCGCACGGAGCAGGUCCUCGCCGGGACCCCAGCCGCCGCGCUCCUCCCCACGGGUCCCCGGGCGUCCGGCGCCGGCACAGCGGCCCGUUCGCGCUCGCCGAGCCUCUCGCGGCCGCUGCCGUGCGGCCUGCGUCGCUUCCGGUUGUUACCAGACCACCGGCUAUGGCCGCCGCGGGGGGCGCCCGGCUCCUGCGCGCCGCGUCCGCGGCCCUGGGCGGCGCGGCCUGGCGUUGGCAGCUCCUCGCCGGACCCCGGGCCGGGGGCGGGGGCGGGCGCGGGGGGGGGCUGGCCCGGACGCUGAGCGUGUCGGCGCCGGCGCGGAGCAGCUCAGAAGAUAAAAUAACAGUCCACUUUGUAAACCGUGACGGUGAGACAUUAACAGCCAAAGGAAAAGUUGGUGACUCUCUACUAGAUGUUGUGAUUGAAAAUAAUCUAGAUAUUGAUGGUUUUGGUGCAUGUGAGGGAACCUUGGCCUGCUCCACUUGUCACCUCAUCUUUGAAGAGCACAUAUUUGAGAAGUUAGAAGCAGUCACUGAUGAGGAGAAUGACAUGCUCGAUCUGGCAUAUGGACUAACAGAUAGAUCUCGGUUGGGCUGCCAAAUCUAUUUGACAAAGUCUAUGGACAAUAUGACAGUUCGAGUACCUGAUGCUGUGGCCGAUGCCAGACAAGUCGUGGAUGUGGGCAAGAACUCCUAAGCAAGAAUAAAUUGGAAUAUUUUCACAAAA